AUGGAUGGCACCGACAUUGUUACGUUUCGAGAAAAUGACAAGGCUUUUCGAUUAUUUGGUACGAACGUUCAUGUAAAGGUCGGCGCCUAUAUUGCUGGUGUAAUCGGGUUCGCUGUGACGAUAGCCUUCUGUAUAACGUACACAUUCUAUCAUAGCAGAGGCAUGGGACGAAAUCCGUUUCUUGAUCAUUUAGAACUAGUCGAUCUGAUAUUCGCAUUCACUGUUGGUAUUCCUUGUCACAUCCUACUUUUCUGGGCCAUCGCUAAAGAAAGGCUAUUCUUCAGUCCAUUUUUGGUGUUCUAUUUGACGAACUUCGCUUUGAAUGUGAUUUUCACGGUGAUCACGGUGAUCGCUGCUUCGUUGGAUCUUCAUCGGCAACUCUUCGGCAACAUCAAAUACGACCUCGGUUGGACGGCUUUUCAGUCCCGUUCGAUGGCCGCUCGAGCGGAAGUGGGUGGUACUAAG